GGUGCUGUGUUAAAAAUGUUAAAGAUGUGUUACGAUUGGAUUAGACUUUUUUCACAUAAAUAGUUAAUCCCAUCCGAAGCCAACAAAUUUCAAACAAUUUUAUUUGCUCAUCGCAAGGAGAUCCAAGUAGCAAAGAACUCCAGAAUACAGAAUGGCUUUGUACAGCAGAAAAGGCCUUGAGAUUCCAGAGCCGUCAGACUGCAGCAGCAGUGAAGAUGAUGACAUUACUUAUUUGACAGAUCUGUACCAGCCCGAACAUCAGUUACCUGAGUCUGUCAGGGUGAGCAAUAAAUUGUUGAACAGUCUUGUUGACAGAGCAUGGGAAGUUAUAUCAAAGCAGGACAGCAUCAGAAAGGAUGCAGAGGGAAUGAGAAAGGUCCCUGUGCUAAACCCUAAAGAAAUGAAGCUUCCUGGCAGAACGAAUAGUGUUGUGUGCUCGGAUGAUGGAGUUUACUUGUUUCUGGGUCACACUCAUGGCCUGUCAGUCAUCAGUACAUCCACUCUCACUAGUGUAAGAACAUGGCAGGGUGAAAAAGUGGAGCUUACCAGCAUCUCUUGUGCCUCUUUGGAAAACUGCACACACCUUCUAUGUACAGUGGACGAUAUGGGUAUUGCCAGACUGUUUGUUCAUCACAAAGAGAAUAUUUACUUGAUUAAAGUCCUGAAUGAAACUGAUGAUAUAAACCAAAGAAACAUCUGUACAAAAUUUGAAGUGUCCAGAAGUGGAGACUUUGGAGCUGCAGUCAUGACCUCCGGUAGAUCUGUUUGGUUGGAUGUUUAUCGUUUCCCAAGAGAUUUGUGGCUUAAAGAGCUGGAAACCAAACAGGCCACACAAACCUCAGGCUCCACAGAGGCCAAACUGUCUCCCACAGUCUUACUCAUGAAGAUUAAACCUCCAGAAAUCCCUGCAGGAACCUCUCUGAAAAGUCCAUCUGAAGUCCUGCAAAAAACAGAUGGUGGAACCAUAAUAGGCUCAGGCCAGAAUCACAUGAUUAGCAGUUCGCAAUGGGAAAAUCAGGAUGCGGCAUUCAGGAAAAUGUUUGCAAAGUACCUCAGCUCCAGUCCAAUGACACCCUCACAGCAGAGAUCAGAAGGUCCCAGCAACUGUACUUUUCACUUCUUGCUGCGUGAAGGGUUUUGUCCAUUGCCUGGGGGAGCAAAGCCAACUAGAGAUAUUCCCAUUGCUCUAUGUCUGUGGUGGAGUGGCAGUCAUAAUUUUUUACAUUAUAUUCUAAAGACUUCAAAGGAAAAAACAGAUGGUGAGCCCAGGCCAGAUGUGUUGUGGCCAAACUCUCAGGAAAUCCUCUGCUCUGCUGUCAGUGCCUGCACAAGGUUCAUUGUUCUAGGACUUGUCAGUCAGCUGGUGACCAUAUGGGACCGGAGAUUUGGGUGUCCAUACGCCAAUAUUGUGAUCCCUGGAGACAGUGCAAUAUGCAGACUGAAGUUCAUUUUGCAGAGUGCUGAGCGACAGCAGGUCAACACGCCUCUUCAACAAGGCCCCUUUUCACCCAAACUACAGUUAGUGGUCACAUGCAGAAAUGGGUCAUGCUACAGUGUGACAGCAGGGUGUGGAGGAGACACACCGAUUGUUGCGUUUAUUGAGAGACCAGCAGACCAAGGCGGUUUUGCCACUGUUGCUGAACCUGUGCCCUUUCUAAAGUGUCUGGCUUUGUUGAUGCAAAGAGAUGGGCAAGUAUCUGUAUGGGACACUAAGGAUGCAGCACCAGUGUUUAUCUUAACCCUGCCUCAGACCCAUGUGCUGGGCCCGCUCUGGGACCCUGUAUAUGUGCUGGAUGCGGUCCAGCAAAAUCUGUAUAUUAGAGGUGACAGUAAAACCCAUUUGAAAAAGGUGACAGAUGAAGAAGAGGAUGAGAAUUCUCUUUUCAUCUUCAGCUUUUCACAAUGUUCAGUAAUGGAUCUGUAUAGGAUAACAUGGCCAGCUGCCACAGAGAAAGAGACGAGAGUCCCACUCUCAGGUUUGGAGGAGGCCUGUAACCUUUACAUUCAGGAAAGGUUGGACACUUUGGAAGAGAGAAACAGAAAUUUGGCUAUCCAAUGGGAACAGCUUCAGCAGCGUGCUGUUAAAUGAACCAUCAAUGUUCAGACACAACAUACUUGACAAAGAGGGAGUGCUUUUUACUUCUGUAUUUAUGUCGAUCAAAUGCAUUGAAAUCUUGAGUAUCAUUCUGUGCUUCUUUAUCUGUAUGUAUGGUUUAAUUCUAGGAUAUGGUUAGAAUUCAUGAUUUAUAAGGGUAGUAUACUCCAGUUUUGAACAAGGAUUUGAUUGCUCAGAUAGCACGAAAAUCUCUUCUUAAGAAUUUUGCGGAUGGGUAAAGAGGCACGAUUGAGUUAAUUUUUAUUGCAGCACUUUUUAUAUUACAACUAAAUGACCGCAUUAAAUUGAUAAUCCUAGUCAGAACUUGUUCAUUAGAUAUGACCACAGCUAAUUAUUAUACUUAAUGUCAAAACCUUUUUCCUGGAUGUAUUGUUAUUAUUCAUUUCAUUUGACAGCCAUAGGCAUUAGUCUAAAGCUUGUACGAUGUUUUUUCUCUAAGUCUAGCAAAUCUUUUCAUGAUUUG